ACUUUCUAUCGCAAUCCGGUUUCUUGCGGUUCGGAAUAAGGACCGGGGGCGGGGGCGGGGGGUCUAAAAGAAAGCCCCAAAACCCGAACUCCAACAGGUUUUUCAAGCGAAUUUGUAGGUGGUCUUCACUCCGAUUGCAUAUGCCACGGGCCCACGUGGGUGCAUUGCACCGCGCUCAACGGUGGCGCGAUUCUGACUGAGUUAGCAUAGUAGCCAACAAAAUGUAUUUAUACUCCACCCAUCUCCAACCGGCUGUAGCGACUCGUCAAUACCCCAUAGUUAGGGGUGAGCUGUAAAACCCAACUUCUCCGUUCAAUUCCUCCCCGCUGGAAGAUUGUUGCAUUGGGAGGGCCAUAACAAGAAGAGUGUACUCUGGUAGGAACCCAGUUUCGGAUUCGGGAUUUUAAGGCCCACAAGGGGGUUGGGGGUUUAAACCACAAUCAUUUGAUCCGUAAAACCGCCAUGCCUGGCAUAUCGGUCAGUGUUUUGGUCACUUUUAAUAAAAAUGUUUGCCUUUUAUUUUAUGUAAAUAGUGGCAGUUCUUGAAUUUGGCUUUCUACCUCAACACUCCAUUUUCAUUCUCCUCCCAGACGUCUUUUAACACUAGCAGUAUCUAACGGCCCUCGUCUCCCCUUAUCCAUCAUCAACCUCGGUGCGCAGCGCACUGUGGUCAUCUCUCGCGGGGGGAAAUAUAAGAUAAUAGGAACCACCUUACUCGGACAAAGAGAGGCUCCGACAAGAGAACGGUGAUCUGUGUUCCCUUUCCAAGUACCAAACGAGCUCUGUGGCAAUCGAAUCCUCAAAACAGACCGGGCUCCGGUGCUCGCCAUGCCCGGCCCGGCGGCCGGCAGUAAAUCUCGGGUGUAUGCCGAUGUCAACACGUUGAAGAGCAGGGAAUAUUGGGACUACGAAACCCACGUGCCUAACUGGAGUAACCAGGAAGACUACCAGUUGGUGCGGAAGCUCGGCAGAGGGAAGUACAGUGAGGUCUUUGAGGCCAUCAACAACAAUGAGAAGGUGGUUGUCAAGAUCCUCAAGCCUGUCAAGAAGAAGAAAAUCAAGCGUGAAAUCAAGAUCCUGGAGAAUUUGCGAGGUGGAGCCAACAUCAUCCGAUUGGUGGACACAGUGAAAGACCCUGUGAUUUUUUCCUCUAUUUGUCCUCUCUCUCAAACCUCUCUACAGUCCCGAACGCCUGCGCUUGUCUUUGAAUGCAUCAAUAACACAGAUUUUAAGGAGCUCUACCAGAAGUUAACAGAUUUUGAUAUCCGUUUUUACAUGUAUGAACUACUUAAGGCUCUGGACUACUGCCACAGUAUGGGGAUAAUGCACCGUGAUGUCAAGCCCCACAAUGUCAUGAUUGACCACCAGAUGAGGAAGCUACGUCUAAUAGACUGGGGCCUUGCAGAGUUCUACCAUCCUGCACAGGAAUACAACGUCAGAGUAGCAUCUCGCUACUUUAAGGGACCUGAGUUACUGGUGGAUUACCAGAUGUACGACUACAGUUUGGACAUGUGGAGUCUUGGCUGCAUGCUUGCCAGUAUGAUCUUUCAGAAAGAGCCCUUCUUCCAUGGCCAGGACAAUUAUGACCAGCUAGUCCGAAUUGCCAAAGUCCUGGGGACAGAUGAACUUUUUGGGUACCUGCGCAAAUACCACAUUGAACUGGACCCACGCUUCAAGGACCUUCUUGGCCAACAGACGCGGAAACGCUGGGAGCAAUUUGUCCAGACCGAGAACCAGCACCUGGUUAGCCCUGAGGCUCUGGACCUGCUGGAUAAGCUGCUGCGCUACGACCAUCAGCAGAGACUGACGGCCACAGAGGCCAUGGAGCACCCCUACUUCUAUCCUGUGCUGAAGGAACAGUCUCUCUCUAAUGCGGAUGGCAAUAUGGUGUCCAGUGGAUCCACUACGGCUCGAUGAAAGCAGAAGAACAUUUGUUACUCGACUUUUUAGCCCUUUGUGGCAGAAACUUCUUCAAGUGUACAGUGACAAUGGAUCAGAGCGACACCAGACACACACCUUCUCUUUGUCAGUAUGAGGUUAACUUGCCCCAGUUACAUGUCAAGCAGCCAGACCAAUGAGCUUGGUGUCUCACUGCUGCCCCUGUUCUUCUCUGCCCCCUCCUCCUAUCAGGAGGUAAACAGAAAAUGUUCAAAGACAAGAAAAAAAGUAUCCUUCCCUGUCAUUACCCCCUCCCCCUUUGGCCCCCCUCCCUCGUUUAACUAAACAUGGAGUAUGAAAAGGAACGUGAGCCUGCCCCCUCCUUGGUCAGUCUGUCUGUUCAGUGUUCAGCCACUUGGCAGGCCUAUGCUCAGACUCCACACACUGUAGUACCAAAGUGUUAUGGUGGACCUUUUCUCUGCUUUAGGUAGAAUGAUAAUAUGAAUAAAAAUAAUACUUUUUUUAUA